AUGCUAUUCUCUCGAUCCCCGGCAGUCGUUGCCUGCCUCGUCUUCGCCGCAGCCUUCGCCGAAGCUAGUUCUGGGUUUAAGAGGGCCGCGAAUCCUGAACAUCCUGCCCCGGCCGGAGUUCAUCCUCCUCCUGCACCGGUUCAUCCUCCUCCGGUAGCGGUACAUCCCCCCCCCGUGGCAGUUCUUCCGGUCCCAGGCGCGUCCGAAGAGGUCUGCCACCCUGUUACCCGCACGCUUGUCCACACCAUCAACGUCCCCGUACCGACGACGAUCAAGCAGACCGUCCAUGUCACCGUCCCCGGACCAGUCGAGACGGUUCGCGUCCCCUUGCCGACAACCGUCGAACAGACUUCUGUCGUCACACAGGUGCAGACCGUGGUGCAGACGCAGGUGAACAACGUUACCCUCACGCAGACCGAGACGGAAACAGAGACGGAAACAGAGACACGGACGGUGGAGAAGCUUGUCACCAAGGUCCAGACCCAGGAGAGACUGGUCACCCAGGUGCAGGAGAGGCCCGUCACCGUCAUUAGCACUCAGUCCGUGCCCGUCACGCAACUCGUCACCCUGCCUCCGCAGGUCGUCCAGAAGACGAUCACUCAGUCCGUGCCCGUCACGCAACUCGUCACCCUGCCUCCGCAGGUCGUCCAGAAGACGAUCACCCAGGCGGUCCACGUUACGCUCCCGCCGCAGGUCGUGCACAAGGUGGUCACACGGGUCCAGAUCCAUACGCAGCUCGUGAGGGUGCCCGUUCCUGUCACCCAGGUCGUCACCGUUACGAGCACGGUCAUCGGCGGCGCGAACCCGAUCAACAACCCGGCGCACCCGCCGCCUGCGCACCCUACCCAGGUUCCUCCCCCCGUGCAUCGUGCCCCGGCGCCGGCGCCGGCUCAUCCACCUGUUAUGCAGCCGGUGCACCCGCCGCCUGCUCAUCCCUGGCAACCGGCUCCCGAGCAUCCGUCUCGCCCUGCGCCUCAAAAUCCGCCCCAACACCCGCCCCAGGUCCCCACUACCACGUCUAUCCCGGCCGCUGGCACUUCUUCGGCCGUCCCCACGGAGGACGCCUCCGAAGUGACGUCGGACGCACCGGCAACCACAACGACACCCCCCGCGGCGUCCGAGGAGGGCGGAACCGAACCCACGCCGACACCUAUCAUUGUUCCGGCCGGACGGAACAUGCGGUUCAUGAAGCGAAACUGA